AUUAUAAUAUACUGAUUGAAAUUGAAUACCUAUUGACUGAUACAACCUGCGAUAUGAAAAUAUAAUGCAAUGAUAUUGAAGUUUACCUUUAUACAGAAACACUUCAAUUACUAAAACAUAUUUUUAUGAAAAGUAUCACAAGUUAGAAAAAUGCUACGAAUGAUGCAAAAGCUUAUUGAGUGUACACGGUGAGAAGGGGCGCGGGGCCAUGGCGGAGCCCGAGGCGGCGUCCGCUGGCCUCGCUGACGCCGUGCUGCUGGCACCACUCACCGAGGACUCUUUCCUGCACAACCUGCAUGUCCGCUAUAAAAGGGACAUCAUAUAUACAUAUGUGGGUAACGCGCUGGUGUCGGUGAACCCGUGCCGGCCGCUGCCGCUGUACUCCGCCGAGCUCGUGCGCACGUACCUAGCGCGUCCGCCUUACUUGUUACCUCCGCAUCUGUACGCAAUAACUGCCACGGCAUACCGCUGGGUCCGAGAUCGCAAUGAGAACCAGUGUAUAGUCAUAACAGGCGAGAGCGGGUCGGGCAAGACGGAGGCGGCGCGCGUGUGCCUGCAGUGCGCGGUGGUGGCGGGCGGCGGGGCGGGCGGGGCGGGGGGCGGCGCGCUGGCGGCCGCGGGCACGCUGCUCGAGGCCUUCGGCAACGCCGCCACGGCGCGCAACCACAACGCCAGCCGCUUCGGCAAGUUAUUAGACAUAGAGUUCGAUUUCAAAGGCGAACCCGUCGGCGGACAUCUGACGCACUACCUUUUGGAAAAGGAGCGCGUGGCGCACGUGGCGGAGGGCGAGCGCAACUUCCACGUGCUGUACCAGCUGCUCGCCGGCGCCGACGCGCAUCUGCUCAAGCGGCUGAAGCUGCAGCGGUCGUGGGAGACGUACCGCGUGCUGGUGGGGCGCGCGGCGGGCGCGGCGGGCGCGGCGGGCGAGGCGGGCGCGUCGCCGCGCCGCGCGCCGCCGCCCGCGCCGCCCGGCCCGCGCGACCCGCACGCCGACCGCGACCACUUCGCCUUCACCAAGGCGGCGAUGAACGCGCUGGGCUUCAGCGCGGCCGAGUGCGGCGCCGUGCUGCGCGUGCUGGCCUUCCUGCUGAAGCUGGGCAACGUGCAGUUCGAGCCGCACCACCACAUCGACGGCUCCAUCGGCACGCGCCUGGUGCACGAGUACGAGAUGCGCGAGGCGUGCGCGCUGGUGGGCGUGGAGGCGGACGUGCUGGCGCUGGCGCUGGGCGCCGCGCCGCUCGCCGAGCCGCUCGCCGAGCCGCGCGCCGAGCCCUCGCCGCACGAGGAGUGCGGCGCGGAGGAGGAGUGCGGGUCGGAGCACGGCGCGGAGGGCGGCGCGGGCGCGGAGUGGGCCGGCGCGCUGCGCGACCGCCUGCUGUGCGCGCUGUACUCGCGCCUGUUCAACUGGCUCGUGGGCGCGGUGAACGCGGCGCUGGCGGCGCGCGGCGGCGCGGGGCGGCGCGCGCUCGGCAUCCUGGACGUGUACGGGCUGGAGUCGCUGGCGCACAACGGGCUGGAGCGGCUGCUCAUCAACUACGCGGCCGAGCGCGUGCAGGCCGCCGUCACCGCGCUCACGCUGCGCCGCGAGCAGGAGGAGUACGCGCGCGAGGGGCUCGCGUGGACGCCGCUGCCGUACGCGGAGCACGAGAGCGCGGCCGAGCUGCUGGACGCGGGCGCGGACAGCGUGCUGGGCGCGCUGCGCGAGGCCGCGCUGCGGGCGGCGCCCGACGCCGCGUUCCUGGCGCGCCUGGCGCGGCGCCGCCACCCGCGCCUGCUGGUGCUGCCGCCCGACCGCUUCCAGGUGCUGCACUUCGGCGGGCCCGUGGUGUACAGCGCGCGCGGCAUCGUGGCCAAGAACCGCGACGCGCUGUGCCGGCGCUGCGCCGCCGCGCUGGGCGCCGCGCGCGAGCCGCUGCUGGCCGCGCUGUUCGCCGCCGGCGGGUCCCCGCGGCGGCCCAGCGCGCUGGCGUGCCGGCAGCGCGCGCUCGUGGGCGCGCUCGUGCGCCGCCUGCCGCCCGCGCCGCGCCUCGUGCGCUGCCUGCGCGCCGACGCCGCGCUGCGCCCCUACCGCUUCGACGCGCACCUGCUGCGCCACCAGAUCCGCUCGCAGGGGAUCAUGGACAUGGCGCUGCUGCGGCGCGCGGGCUGGUGCGAGUCGCUGUGCGCGCGCGGCGUGCUGGCGCGCUACGGCGUGCUGGGCGGGCCGGGGGCCGGCGGGCCGGCGGGCUCGCGCGACGAGCCCGUGCGCGCGGCGCGGGCGCUGCUGCGCGCGCUGCCCAUCCCGAGCGCCGAGUUCACGUACGGCCGCACGCGCGUCUUCAUCCGCAGCCCGCGUACGGUGUGGGAGCUGGAGGCGCUGCGGAACGCGCGAGUGGAGCAGCUCGUGACCGCCGCGCAGCGCGCCUGGCGCGCGCACCGCCGCCGCCGCCGCGCCGCCGCGCAGCGCGUCAUCGCGCGGGCCUGGCGCGCCCGCCGCGCGCGCGCAGCCGGCCCGCCGGCCCGCCAGCCCGCCGGGGGGCCCGCCGGCGAGCCGGGCCGGCGCGCGCGCGCCGCCGCCGUGCUGUGGCGCGCGUGGGCCACGUGGGCGCGGCGCCGCUACCUGCGCGGGCUGUGGGCGCGGCUGCCGGCGCGGCACCGCUCGCCCGCGUGCGCCGCGUGGCCGCCGGCCGAGCCCGCGCGGCUGCUGGCGCGCACGGACGCGCUGCUGCGGCGCCUGCACCACCGCUGGCGCUGCCUGCUGUACCGGCGCGCGUUCGACCAGACGGCGCGCAACCGCAUGCGCGAGAAGGUCACGGCGAGCGUGCUGUUCCGCGAGCGCAAGGCGCUGUACGCGCGCAGCGUGGCGCACCCGUUCGUGGGCGACUACGUGCGGCUGCGCGCGUCGGGCGCGUGGCGGCGCGGGCUGGGCGCGGGCGCGGCGGACCGCUACGUGGUGUUCGCGGACGUGGUGGGCAAGGUGGCGCGCGGCGGCGGCGCGUCGCGCGUGCUGGCCGUGGUGUCCACGGGCGCGCUGCUGCUGCUGGAGGCGCGCUCGCUGCGGCUCAAGCGCCGCGUGCCCGCGCACACGGUGUACCGCCUGUCGCUGUCGCCCUACGCCGACGACCUGCUCGUCGUGCACGUGCGCGCGUGCGGCGCGGCGGAGAGCUCGACGGAGGACCUGUCGCAGUGCUCGGCGCGCGAGCCGCUGGACGCGCCCGGCUGCCUGUUCGGGAGCGAGGGCGGCUGGCGGCGGCGCGGCGACGUGGUGCUGCGCACGUGCCACGUGCUGGAGCUCGCCACCAAGCUGUUCCUCGUCGUGCAGAACGCCGUGGGCGCGCCGCCGCACGUCAACAUCGCCGCCGAAUUCGAGGCAAACUUUGGGCAGCAGCUGGUGACGGUCGCGUUCCACGCGGCGCCUGGCGCGUUGGCCGGCGGGCCGGGGCCGGCGGGCGGCGGGCCGGGGGCCGAGCCCGGCGCCGGCGUGCGCCUCGUGCGCCGCGGCAGCCGCCUCGACGUGCUGCUGUAGGCGCCCGCGCCGCACCGAUUGUGUUCGACUCGCGCUUCCUGUCGACGCGUCGCCGACGAUAUAGUGAACGUCGAAUUCGGAUCUAUUCUUUUCGAUUCUCUAUCGAAUUCGAAGCGCGGCCCGAUUCUGUA